CAGGCUUAUUUAUUUUCCAAUUGUUCUGUUAACAUUUCACAAGUGGCUGAAUUGAAUCUCGAUUCUCUCGACUUAUCAUUAGACGAAUAUGAAUCACUUGUUUUGAAAAUGAUUGCCGGCCAUCAAGCGGAGAUCAAAAAAUUGCAAAAAAAGUUGGCGGACGUCCGGACGAAUACGAGUUU